AUGCCUCACCUCUCUCUUAGCCUCACCUCUUACGCUGCUCCCGCUCGUUACUCAUCUGCUGCCGCAGUCUCCUCUCAGAACAUCGUUAGUCACGGACAGGCUAUUGCUCCCGCCCGUCUUGCCUACCAAGCUGCCCCUGCUGUAGUCGCUCCAGUCGUCCACGCUGCUCCCCUUGUCCACGCUGCUUCAGCCCACACCAUCAUCGCCCAACACGAGGAAUACGACGCAAACCCCAGCUACGACUUCGCCUACUCCGUAGCCGACGGCCACACCGGUGACAACAAGUCCCAGCACGAGAGCCGUCAUGGAGACGUUGUUAACGGUGAAUACUCUUUGGUCGAAGCCGAUGGUUCAGUCCGUCGCGUUCAAUACACCGCUGAUCCACACAACGGUUUCAACGCCGUCGUCAGCAACUCUGCGCCCGCCCACCACGCCGCACCCGCCUACGCCCACUGA